UCCUCCUCAGGCGCUCAACACAUCCUGCUGUCAAGGAUGUAGCCUGCGAGUGUGUUUGAAAGUUGUCAAUAUGACCGCCAGCCUUUUUCUCCCUCAACAUGCCUGCAGCAAUGCACCUCACUGUGCUGUCGUCCCUGCUUGCAGUGACUGUCUGUACAGGCACCACCACUUCCUCUGCAGGUACAACCACUUCCUCUCCAGCUGAACAGAUCACAAAGAUAACCACAACUGCUGCAAACCCAGUCACUUUCGAUUUCCCUUUAUCCACUGCUGUGCCCACCAAGAGCACACAGCAAUCUACAAUGUCAACAAAUCAGACGACAACUGCAGUCCCUUCAGGAAAAGUGUCAACAUCACCUCCACCUUCAAUUUCCACUCAAACACCCAGCAGGACAGAGGGACCACAAACAAGCUCUCCUCCUAAGAAUGCAACGACCAACCAGACGUCCAAAAGGACAGUUCCCCCUGGAUCCACAGCAACACCAGCAUCAACAGCCCCGAACAUUACGACAGCCACCACAGUAAACACCACAGUCCUAGGUCCUCUAGAAGAAUGGAGUAAAGAUGACUUGGCAGCAAAUCCUGGUCUUGUUGCUAUCCUCUGCAUCUUCUGUAUCGUCUUCGUUCUGGGGCUGGUGGUUGCUACAGUGAAAUGUAUUGAAUUACCACGGUCCAACUUUGAGAGGCUUGAAAAUGUUCCUCUGGGCAAAGUGACCGAAGAGUCUCCAUUUGCCCAUUACUCUAAAUGACAGAAGAGCUUACCGGUAUUUCAGGCGCCACAGUCCAGGAGGAGUCCUUUCUUGUGAUUGUGUCAGAGUGAAGUAUUUCAGUCUCAGCUUUGACAUGCUUAUGUGGCUGCUUUAAAUUCUACUGAUUUUGCCUCUGAGGCUCAAUCAACUGUUGCACUAACUCUUCCUCUGUGGUUUCUGUUGAAAGGACACGCAGCCUGAAGCACACAAAUGUAAAUUUUUCCCACAUACAUAUUCCUCCUUCUAAGCACUCACUUCAUUACUGCACUCUUGCACUUAACAAGUAACAUAAUAAGAAAACAGCACAUUAUAAUUUUAUGAUUUGGGUACAUUUGCAGACCUGGGAUCAACUUAAAGUGUAAAUUGGUGUAAAUGAAUGUUAUCUUCAUCUAUAAAUCUCUCUUUUGGGCUGUUGAUGUAUAAAUAGUAACAUAGCUGUAAUGAGAAUGAACAGGUUUUUGUGAUUUUUUUUUCAUUGUGUUUUUUAUUGCCAUAUAAGAUAUUUACGUAAGGUCCUCUCUGGUCGGAGACCUGCAGCGCAGAUUGAAAUUAAACCCAACUAACAGCUUUCUGCUGCAGAAGUAAAAUCAUAACUUUAGUUAUACUUCAACAGGAACAACAAACACAAACCUGCCCACAAAAAACAGAAUAGAAAUCACUUUGAAUUUCUCUUCCAAUGUAAUGUUUUCACACAUAACCCUUUAAAGAAUCUUAUCUGCUUUGUAAAACGGCGCUCUAAUUUAUUCAUUUCACUUCUUGUCACUUCUGGUAACCUACAACGUAUACAGCUCUCUUAAUGACACAACCCUCUUCUAAUCAAGAAUCAAAUAUACAGACUUCUGUCAACGUUUUUGGACAAAGUCAUUUUGCUCCAGUGCAUCGUGUUUUAACUCAGGGAUGGAGAUAAUCAUGUUUUUUUUUGUGGGUAACUAUUAUUUAAAGCAGCCCAUUCUUUUUGCAUUUUGCACUAAACUUUCAAAGAGAUGUAUGUUUUCAAUAAAAUAAAUUAAAUAUUCACAUUAAA